GGCAUUCGCCGCUCUCCCCAUCAUCUCCCAGCUUUCCCUUUCCUAGGAAGCCUCUUCGGCUCUUCGCCUUCAUCCCACGUCCCCCUCCGCCGCCGCCCGCAGGUCAUCUCCUUCUCUUCCAAGGGAGGAUGGGGUCCGGAUCCAAGAAGACGAAGUCGAGCCACACCACGGAGGCGGAGCAGGGGACGCACGUGUUCAAGAUUGUCGGCUACACACACAAGAAGGGCAUCGGCGUCGGCAAGUUCAUCCAGUCGGGCAUCUUCACAGUCGGCGGCUACGACUGGGCCAUCCGCUUCUGCCCCGACGGAAUCACCGAGGCUACCAAACAGUACGCGUCCGUCUCUCUGGUGCUCAUGAGCAAGAAGGCUGAGGUGCGAGCAUCCUAUGGCCUGAGUUUGGUUAACCAGACUACUGGGUUGCCGGAGAGUGUGUGCUCUGAAACCACUACUAGAGUGUUCAACUCUUCCCAUGCCAGUUGCUCCAGCACGAUGACCCUCGUAACAAGAGGAAGCAAACUGGAGUUAAAAUCAGCUGGCUACAUCGUGGACAAUUGCCUGACGAUUGAGUGUAAUGUCACCGUCGUCAAAGAAUCGCAGGUGUCAAAAACCACUGCGGUUUUGGAGAUCCAAGUGCCACCCUCGGACUUGUCGGAGCACUUCGGCAAGUUGUUAGAGGAGGAGGAGGGAGCAGAUGUCACUUUUAGUGUCGGAGGAGAGACUUUCCCCGCUCACAAGAUCGUGCUCUCCACGCGAUCUCCUGUCUUCAGGGCGGAGCUUUAUGGAAAGAUGAAGGAGAGGAGGGCAUGGCUUGUAACCGUGGAAGACAUGCAGCCUGAUGUCUUCAAGGCCCUACUGCAUUUCAUUUACACCGACUCACUGCCUGACUGGGAUGAUCUUGAUGAUAAUGAUUACUUUGAGAUCAACAGACAUUUACUUGUGGCUGCAGAUAGAUAUGCCAUGGACAGGCUGAAGUUGUUGUGUGCAAGCAUUCUUGUGGAUUAUCUUGCUGUGGAGAACGUGGCAACUACGCUGGCCUUAGCUGAUCAGCAUAACUGCGACAGACUUAAAGAAGUUUGCAUUGAGUUUAUGGCCUCUUCGGGUAAGAUGGAUGCUGUGGUGACAACGCAAGGUUAUGCAAAUCUAAAAAGAACUUGCCCUUCUAUCUUAGUAGAUGUCCUGGAGAAGACAAGCAGGUAUCGCAAAACAUAGAUUUGCGGCCCAAUGUAAGCUGAGUCUAUGAGUAGGUAGCUUAAUUCCGUCUUCCUAGUUUACAUGAAUAGCUUGCUGGUAUUCCUAGAGAAGACCAUGCUAAUUUGAACCUAUGGCUGGUAAGUUUAGUUUCUUAAAAUGUGCCGUACCUUUUGUCGAACUAUUGGACAAAACUGAAAAUCUUCAUGUGCAA